AUUGGGAUCCCAGGGAUGGAGUCUGCCACCAUUUGGGUCUCCAUCCCCAUUUGCCUUAUGUACCUUGUUGCCAUCCUGGGGAACUGCCCCAUCCUCAUUUUCAUAAAAAUGGAGCCUUCUCGGCAUGAACCCAUGAACUAUUUUCUCUCCAUGUUGGCUCUCUCUGACUUGGGACUGUCCCUCUCCUCUCUCCCUACCAUGCUUAGAAUAUUCUUAUUCAGUGCUCCGGGAAUUUCCUCUGAUGCCUGUAUUGCCCAAGAGUUUUUCAUUCAUGGAUUCCCAGCUAUGGAAUCAUCAGUACUUCUCAUCAUGUUUUUUGAUCACUUUAUUACCAUCUGCAAUCCUCUGAGAUACACCUCCAUCCUAACCAGUGCCAGAGUCAUGAAAAUAGGGCUUACUUUUUCUCUCAAAAAUAUUUUAUUGAUCCUUCCUUUUCCUUUAACUUUAAGACAUCCAAGAUACUGUAAGAAGAACCUCCACAAGGUUAAUGUCAUCUAUGGCUUAUUUGUAGCUCUCACAGGCAUCCUAGACUUCACAUUUAUUUUCAUGUCCUACAUGCUGAUACUUACAGCCAUGUUGAGCAUAGGAUCACAGAGGGAAAGACUCAAGGUCCUCAAUAUAUGUGUUUCCCACAUCUGUGCUGUGCUUAUCAUCUAUGUUCCCAUUAUCUCCUUAGCUGUCAUCUACCUGUUUUCCAAACACAGUUCCCAAGUCAUGAGGAUCCUCAUGGCUGAUGUUUUCCUGCUGGUACCGCCAUUGAUGAACCCCAUUGUAUACUGUGUGAAGAGCCAGCAGAUAAGAAUCAAACUCUUCCAGAAGAUUGAAAAAGAGGGAAUACUCCCAAACUCAUUCUAUGAAGCCACCAUCACCCUGAUACCAGAACCAGGCAAAGAUACUACCAAAAAAGAGAAUUACAGGCCAAUAUCACUGAUGAACAUAGAUGCCAAAAUUCUCACCAAAAAAUAUUAGCAAAUA